AGCUGGGUGGAGGAGCUGCGAAUGGGGAGCCGGGAAUCGAGGCGAGCGCGCAGGACGAUUUCUCCGGGACAUUGCCACCUUCCUGUUAUCUCAGGUCAUGUCCUCUGGUCCUGACCGCGCGAGAGACCUGGAAGUGAGAGAGGGAAUGGAGGAGGACAUGGACUCCGAGGAAGAGGAGGACCCAGAAGAUCUUGGUGAUGAGGAAGAGGAGGAGGAUGAUAUGGAUUCUGAUGAGGAGGCAGAGGAUCCCAGUCUCAAAGAAAAGAUUGCCUGGGUGGACAUAGAGACUGGACUCAUUGAGAGGUGCAAGAAAAGUAGCCUCUUGCUCAAGGCUGCUGAAGAUCAGUUGCUGAAGUUUCUGGAAGAGCACACAGAGAAAGACAAAGUACCACUAGCAGGCAAUUCUGUUAAUGCUGACAAAAAGAAGUUCUUGGUGAAGUACCUACCUAAAGUGAUGGAGCACCUUCAGGAUCGUGUUGUGGAUGUCAAAAGUGUCAAGGAACUGUGCAAGAGCUGGUAUCCUGAUGAGUUCAACUCAGCUCCUAUCUCAAAUGAAUCCAAUACACAAGUAAUAGAAAGAGUACGGGAGAACAUUGAAGAGCUGAAAUAUUACAAGGCAACAUUAUGUAAUGCUGUGAAUGUACAACUCUAACUAUUCAGGUUUGGAAUCCUGCUAAGAGAUUAGAAUAAUUUACUUCCAGGAGGUUAGUCUUUUAUACUGUGAUUAUUACAUAUUUAUCUUACAUUGAUAAAAAGAUUUUUGUCAAGAUAAACUUUUCACCUCUUAUUGGCUUUGUCAUAUCUUUAGUGUGAGUAGUAUAGAAAUCCUCUAAACUUCUGUAACUGUUAGUGUGAAACUUGCAAAAGUUGAAAAUGUUUUCUUUUCAGUUAGAAAGUGUGAUUUUGGGAGUUUGUUUAUAAAUGUAACAUAAUUGACUGAUUUCAGGUAUAACAAUGAAAAAAAGUUAUUCUUUGUUAGAAAAUAUUUGAAUAUGGAUGAUAUGAAUGUGAUAGUGGCUGGUUUCAUAAUUGGAGGUGCAAAAUUAAGUUUGAUGUCCUGUACCAUGGUGUAUGCCAUCAUUUGUAUGAUUUAUCUUUUUCAUAUUCUACCAAAGGAUGGUGCUGAGCUGAGGAUCUACUUACUGUCAUAUGGUUUAGCUAUUCUAGUGAUGGUGAGGAUUCAUAGUUGCAACAUUCAUUUUAUAUGCUUGCAUUUCUAUGGAUGAGCAGUAAUUAGCAUUGGCUUCACCUUGUGUUAAAAAGUUCAUCUGAGAGGAGUAUUCAAAGCUACCUUGAUGAUGAUGGGUUAGUUAUGUCUAAGAGUCUUGGGAAUGUAUUUAUUCCCUCAUGCUAGUCCCAAGUUUGUCUGGGCAUUUCUGAAGCCUGUUGUGGGUGAUGAAGUUCACUGUACAUUUCCAUCUAGAGAUAAGGAUAGCUGUUGUGUGAAGUGACUUGGUGUGAAAACUUAUGUCUCUUGUUCUUCAACAUUGAGGUGUAACAUCUCAAAUAGCUAUUGGUCUUUAGUUGUUACUAAUAUAACCGAGGCAUGUAACCCCUUUUAUAUGGACUAGCUUUGUUCACAAUUAUCCAAAAUAUGUUUCCCAGUUGUUUUGAGGCUAUAGGCUACUAUCCAGUGACACCUUGUCAUGUCCAUCCCCUUGUGGUAAGAGUUCUAGAAAGAAGUAUCACACAUAGAAACAAAAAGCACUAAUGUUUACAAUAGAGAUGUGUCAUAUGAUCCUUGGAACAUACAAAAUUACAUGCAUACUGCAUACAGUAUGUGCCAAAAUAUUAGGUGUGUGAGAGUGUGUGACAAUCAUGAUUGUAAUGAAUGAAUGAAAUGUAUGAAACAUAA